AUGGCUUCCUCGUUGCUCCAGUCAGCCAGAUCCUCAACCUUCCCAUCCCUCCGACGUUCUUUCAACACAUCUCACACUGCAUCAUCGCAAAGAGCAAUGUCUCUCUCAUCAUAUCUGGUCAAGCCUGCAGAGCUGAGUGCUGCCUUGAAAGGCAAUGCUCCCACCCGAUUGGCAACCUCGCCCAGAGUGAUUCCCUUGUGCGCCAGUUGGUUCAUGCCAAACGACCCCGAGAAGAGGACAGGCCACGAGGUCUUCAAAAAGGGCCACAUUCCCAAUGCUCGUUUCUUUGACCUCGAUGCUGUGGCCGACAAGAGCUCGCCAUACCCUCACAUGCUGCCCAGCGCCCAAGUCUUUAGUCAAGCCAUGCGUAAGCUAGGCAUCCGUCGCGACGAUAACAUCGUGGUCUACGACAGUGCAGAGCUCGGCAUCUUCAGCGCCCCUCGUGUCGCCUGGACUCUACGCGUCUUUGGCCACCCCAGCAUUCACAUCCUGAACAACUACAAGCUAUGGGUGGAGGAAGGUUUCCCAGUCGAAGAAGGAGAGCAGAGCGAUCUCCCAGAGUCACAGUACCCGGAGUCGCCCAUCGAUCCCACCAAGGUCGCCGCAUUCGAACAAGUCAAGGAGAUUGCAAAGGACUACAACAAGGAAGGCAGAGAGGGUGUGCAGAUUCUGGACGCCAGAUCUCUCGGUCGCUGGAGCGGUGUCGACCCCGAACCCAGGGCUGGCCUCUCUUCUGGCCACAUUCCUGGCUCCAUCAGUGUUGCCCUGCCCGAGCUUCUGGACCCAGUGACCAAAACGCUGCUCUCCAGAGACGAACUGCUCGAUGUCUUCAGAACCAAGGGAGUGGAUCCUCUUAAGCCCAUCAUCAGCUCUUGCGGGACCGGUGUGACUGCCAGUGUCAUCGAUGCUGCUCUGACCGAGGCCGGGUUUCCCGAGACUAACAGAAAGGUCUACGAUGGCAGCUGGACCGAGUGGGCGCAGAGAGUGAAAGCUACUGAGAACCUGAUUCACAAGAGCCAGUAA